AUGCAGUACAAGAACUCCGCGGCUAUCCUCGUCGCAGGUCUCGCGGCACAGCAGGUCUCUGCCACAUUCGGCUCCUGGUCUGAUGCCGGCUCCUACUCCUGCCCCGGCAACACCGACAAUCACUGCUCCCCUUCUCAAUCGUCGGGCUACGACUGGUCGGGCCUAAGCGACGGCUCCUUCAGCUCGUACGGCAGCAACCAGUUCCAGGGCUUCUCAUGCUCUUCCAACGCCUACGGCAAGCGCGAUGUCCUGAGCAAGCGCACCUUCCAGUCCAAGUGCAUUCAGGGCAACUUGGAUGACUCCCCUUCGAUGUCUUGCGGGGAUGACGACUCCAUGUCCAUCAGCGAGAUGCAGAUCUCUUCCUCGCACGAUGCCGACGUCGACUGCGAGUACAGCAUGCCUGACGGCAGCACCUGUACCGAGACGCACCAGGCUCAGACCGGUGGAUGCAUCUUCCAGAACACUCAGUGCGGCGGUGCGAAGAGCGUGACCUUCAAGCCAGGCAAGGGCGCGCCAUCUGGCUGCUCUAUCGGCGUGCACUCUGUUGGCUUCCACUGCGGCUCGGCUUCUUCGUCCGUCCCCGCUCCGUCCUCGACAUCCCCGACUGGAUACAGCCAGACCCCCGGCAGCCUCAGCGGCUACCCAUCGGCCAGCGUGUCUACCGCGCCUGUCAGCUCCUACGCUAUUUCCAGCUCUUCUGCGCCUUGCUACGGAAGCGGCUGCGUCAGCUCCGCCAUCCCAAGCUCCACCGGCGCUGUUUCGAGCUCCGCGUCUGUGCCUUGCUACGGCGAGUCGUGCUCCAGCGCCACUUCUCCGGUUUCGUCGGUCCCAGUCGAGAGCUCUUCCACGAAAUGCUACGGCAAGGACUGCUCCUCUUCUACCCAAGGAAUCCCAGGAUAUGGUCAGGGGUCCUCCUCAUCGGCCGGUCCUAUCUCGUCUUCCUACGUCCACAGCUCUUCUGCCCCGGCGCCAUCGUGCUACGGCAAGGACUGCGAGUCCAGCACUCAAGGCAUCCCAGGAUAUGGAUCGUCAUCCUCUGCUGGCGCCAUCUCAUCUAGCUACGUGUACAGCUCUUCUGCCCCGGCACCAUCGUGCUACGGCAAGGACUGCGAGUCCAGCGUUCCGGCAUACGGCUCCUCUUCGUCGGUUGUGCCGGUUUCUUACAGCAUCGUUCCCAGCUCGUCUGCUUCUGUGCCUUGCUACGGCAAAGACUGCGAGUCCUCGUCUCAGGGCGUGCCAGGAUACGGCGGCUCUGCAUCUUCCGGCUCUCCGGUCACCAGCUCUGCUCCUGCUUACACCACGAGCACGAUCUACAGCACCACCGAGCGCACCAUCACUUCUUGCGCCGCUACUGUCACCGAUUGCCCGGCUGACCACUCUACCGUCGUCACCGAGACUGUCGCCAUCUCGACCACCGUCUGCCCGGUGACCGAGACUGAGACCCCCAAGACCACCCCAGCCUCCAGCGAGACCGCACCUACCACUGCCUCCGCCAGCGAGACUGCCUAUCCAACCCCCGAGUGCCCAGAGACCCUCCCCAAGUGCUUGAACACCUGGAUGUGGAUCUCCGACUGCCAGGACAACACCGACUCUAACUGCUUCUGCAAGAGCGAGAAGUUCAUCAAGAACGCCAUGGGCUGCCUUUCCUCCUGGGGCAAGUCUGAAGAGGACACUCAGGCCGCCGCCUCCUACUUGAUGGGUCUCUGCGCGCCGCAUGUACCGGAAAACCCAGCCAUUAUCACUGCUUGCCCUUCGACUGUUACGCCAGUGGCAACCCCGGUUCACACCAAGCCUGCCCCGGUCCCAUCUGAGGUCGCCUCUGAGGUCCCAUCUGGCUACUCCAGUGUUGAGAGCAGCCCAGCUACCUCGUCCACCGUCGUUGUGCCCAAGCCAUCUGGCUACUCUGGCGUUCCGUCUGGCAGCGAAGGCAGCCCGGUCGUCUCCUCCACCGUCGUCGUGCCCAAGCCGUCUGGCUACUCAGGUGUCCCGUCUGGCUACCCCAGCGCCGUCGAGAGCAGCCCGGUGACCACCGCACCUGGCGUGCCAAAGCCAUCUGGCUACUCCGCUCCAGUGGAGAGCAGCCCGGUGACCACCACCCCAGCGGCCGGCACACCAGCAGGCCCAACUGCGCCCUGCACGACCAUCACCUACUCCCACUCUGUCGUCGUCCCCGCUACCCACAGCACUGGCGUCUCGAUUGGCAUGACCGUGCCCGGCAGCAGCUACACCACCAACCUCAUCACGACCGUCACCGUUCCACAGGUCCAGCUCACCACCGCUGUGGUCACGCAAGCCGGUACGACCUCCAAGAGCGUCGGCCUCGGCGCCGGUGCCCCGAGCAGCGCUCCAGCCUACCCAACCGCUUCCUCCGCAGGCGCAGUCGGCGGCUCCGCACCCCCAGCCUACGGCACCACCUUCGGCACCUCGUGGGCCGCAAAGCCUACUUCUCCUAGCGCCUCUGGCAUCGUCCCUGCCACUGGUGCAGGUGCGAAGGUUGGCUCGAGCCUUGCUGGUCUGGCUCUCGGUGCCAUCGCUGCCAUCGCUGCGUUGUAA